CUAGAGAGGCGACUGGUCCGGAUAAUCAUCCACCUAUCCCUUUUCCCUUUUCCCUUUUCAUCCACUCAACCACCAUCUUAUUCACUUUGUCCCGCCGCUCUCGGGUAAUCAACUACCUAUUCGCAAGGGUUAAAAUACCUCGGGGGUGAACGCUCAAUCUCGCUUGAAUACACUAUCGGAAUAUCAACGUGCUCUACUCCUGCUCCUCUUUUGUCCUUGUCACUCUACCUCGCUGUCAAUCCCAUCCUCAUCCUUAACCACCACCAUCCCAAUUCGAACCCGCUCCUCAAACGGCAAAAUGCCACACGGACCACCCGCACCACCCAUUUUCUACACCUUCCCCACAUCGGCGGACAUCGCACCCGCCCUCGCCGCAUUCAUCAUCAAAGCCCAGAAUGAGGCCGUUGCCAAGCGUGACAGGUUCACAAUGGCCGUCUCUGGGGGUUCGCUCGCCAAGCAGCUGCAUGGCUUGCUGGGCAACAAGGUCGUGAGAUGGGACAAGUGGCACGUCUUCUUUGUCGACGAACGCGUAGUUCCUCUUGACAAUGAGGAUUCGAACUAUCACCUAAUCCAAACCGAGCUGCUGUCCAAAGUACCCAUCCCAUCGCAGAAUGUGCACCCUAUCGACGCCGACCUGCUGGACGACCUUGACGAGCUCUGUGACUCUUACGAGAAGGAGCUUAUCACCGAGUUUGCGAAUCGUGAAACAGCCCGAUUCCCCGUUUUCGACCUGAUCCUGCUCGGUAUGGGGCCGGACGGGCAUACCGCCUCUUUAUUCCCUAAUCACGAAUUGCUCACCGAGUCUGAUCGCUGGGUCGCAUGGAUCGAUGACUCCCCGAAGGAUCCCCCUGCGCGCAUCACUUUUACCUACCCGGUGAUCAACCACGCACACAAGUGUGCAUUCGUCGCUACCGGCGUGGAGAAACAGGAGAUGCUCCACGUCACGCUUGAUCAGCCGGAGCAAGGACUCCCGAGCUCCCGCGUUCGCCCUGUCCAGCCGGGCCUGCUCUACUGGUUCGUGGACGACGCCGCAGCUGCGAAGACAGAAUAUCCUCAGACACCGUUCAAGUUGUAGGCUCAUGCUGCCAUUUCAUUUCAGGACGCCCGACUGCCAUGUUAUGACCCGUUCUGGUUUACCCUCCCGCCCCGUCCUCUCCUCCGCCGUUUCAUAUGCCCUGUUUGACCGCUGAUUUCUCGCCUAACCGAUCUCUACUCGUUAUAGACGCCGCACCCAGUGUGCUGUGAAGAUUUGUAUCGACGUAAUGAAAUGAA